AUUCAAUUUCAUUUAUUUCAUUAAUGAUACCACAAUUAUUAUAUUGAGAAAAAUUUCUACAAAUAAUUUAAUUUUAAUAAAAUUAUUAUAGAAUGGAUAACAGUGUAUCAAACAGAGCUCAAAUACAUCUACAAGAUGUUACUCUGAAUGGGAAAACCGAUUUAAUGGAGAUGAAGAAACGUACGAGUCCAUUUUUGUAUUUUGCUGCUAUUACUAUGGAUCUGACUCUAAUCACGUUCGGUGUAGUUAUAAUCUGGAUAUCGCCAGUGACAGAAAAGCUUCUAUCGGAUGAUCCAGAAGAAAACCCAUUGGGUAGACCAAUAAGCACACUUGAAUUGUCGCUGGUUGGAUCACUCUCUCAGAUAGGAAUGGUUAUGGGACCCGUACUACUAGAAAGAGUAUUCGGUAAAUUCGGAAGGAAACGUGGUUUGAAUAUAAUAAAUAUCUCAGUUGCAAUAGUAUUAGUAGGUUUAGCUUUCUCUACACACAUUUUGUUAUAUUAUUUAUUUAUUCUAACUGUAGGUAUUUUACUAGGAGGGACUAGUGUGGGAUUGGCUUUAUACAUAGGUGAUAUCACUCAAGACCACAACAGAGCUAAAAUGACUUGUUUAAUGGGAUCAUUCAUACCCAUAGGGAAUCUUUAUGGUUUUAUUUUAGGAAAAUAUUUCUCUGUCAAAAUAUUCACUUUAUUAUCCACUAUUCCUUUAAUUAUAUCAGUUGUUGUAUCCGAAUUAUUUUUACCGGAAUCGCCGGCUUACCUUAUGUUAAAAGGUGACAGAAAUUCUGCUCUUAAAGGCUUGCAUAAAUUGUUAAGAAUAAAUUCGGAGCAAGCUGAAGAACAAGCUAAUAAAAUAUUGUCUAAUCAUACUGUUAAGAGUGAUAAGGCUAAUUUUAAAAUAUUGUUGUCUGAGAGAGCUACAAGGAAAGGUUUUAUAAUAUCGUGCAUUUUAAUGACAUCAACAGCUACUACUGGUCUUCCUUCUAUCAUGUCCUAUUUAGAACCAAUUUUUGAGGAAUCGGGUGCUCAAGUUUCGAGUUCUUUAUAUGCUCAAAUCGUUGGUAUUGUCCAAAUCUGCUGCUAUUUUACAGCAGCUGUACUAGUUGAGAAGGUAGGUAGGAGACCUCUGUUGUUAAUAUCAGCAGCCGCAAAUACCGUUCCACUGUUUACACUUGGGGUUUACUUCAACCUAGUUUACAGCAAAUCUACUAUUACUGAUCAAUUGAAAUGGUUACCUGUGAUUGCUAUUAUCACAUUAACAAUAACUUCAAUUGUAGGUAUUUGUUCAGUAGCACCAGCUUACAUGAAUGAUGUUUUUUCUUAUAAUGUUAAAGCCACGGCAAUUUCUAUAAUUUAUUUAAUCAGUGGAAUUUCAAUAGCUUUGACUAUAUUUUUAUUUCCUAUAUUCAUGGAUACGAUUGGACUCUCGUGGAGCUUUUGGUUAUUUUGUAUGUUAAAUGUAAGCGGUUUUAUUUUUAUACAUUAUUAUGUACCGGAAACUAAAGGGAAAGACAUUGUUGAAAUCCAAGAAGUUUUGAGAAAAUAAUUAUCAAUUCUUAGGUACCACAAAUGAUAGACAGAUGAUUCUGUAAUACAUAUCUGUGUAUUUUUGAGGAAUAGAACCAUCUAAUUAUUUUAUUUAACUUCCAUAAAUUUCCUAGGAAACAAUAACUGCUUUUUUAUCAUCAAUUCACCGAUAAAAUAUGUUGAAAACAAUAAUACAUGAUAUUUCGUUCAACAGACAUGUUUUGACGUUGGUGUCAACGGUCAAUGGUUAAUAUGUAAAUAAAGUUUAUAAAU